AUGGCCCCUACCAGCGUUGCCUCGAGCGUGGAAAGAAGAAGAGAGGAGAAGCCAUACAACGGAAACGCGGAAACUGACGUUGAACAAGGCACCGUGGCGGACGCACACCUGCGGAACACGACAGUCCAGACCGUUACCUGGAGUGGUGUAACCGUCACCGUCAAGGAUCGGGAGACCAAAGAGCCAAAGAAGAUCGUCGACAAUGUCGAGGGACUGGUAGAGGCCGGGGAGAUUUGCGCCCUCAUGGGGCCGUCGGGAUGCGGCAAGACGACCCUCCUGAACGUCCUUGCCUCUCGUCCUACCGGAGCUCAGAAUGUGGACGCCAACGUCCUCGUCAACGGGUGCAAGCCUACCCGAGCACAGUUCCGACAGAUGACGUGCUUCGUGGAGCAGGAGGACGCAUUGAUCGGGUCCCUGACAGUAAAGGAGACACUAACCUUUGCCUCGCGGCUGGCCAGCUCCGGCUCCAUAUCCAAGAGGAACAGGCUGGCCCGCAUUGACGCUUUGCUCGAGGCUUUCGGUCUCCGCGACCAGGCAAACACUCUGAUCGGCACCGCGAUCAGAAAGGGCAUCAGCGGCGGCCAGAAGCGAAGGGUCGGGGUGGCGAGCCAGCUCAUCACGAGCCCCAAGAUUCUCUUCUUGGAUGAGCCGACCAGUGGUCUCGACUCGGUCGCGAGCUUUGAGGUGAUCAACUACUUGAGGACUGUGGCGAAGAGGAACAACCUGAUCGUCAUCGCAAGCAUCCAUCAGCCUUCGACCUCGACGUUCAACCUCUUCGACAAGCUGUUGUUGAUGUCAGCCGGCAAGACGCACUACUUUGGCCCCGUCGCCGAUAUCGACAGCCACUACGAGUCCAUCGGCCUCCCGAUCCCGCUCCAUGUCAACCCAGCCGAGUACCUCCUGGAGCUGGUCAAUGUCGACUUCGCGCCGCACCGUGGCGCGGCCCAGCAGAACCUGGAAGAGUUGUCCCUGGCUUGGUCUAUCUCCCCGCGAGCCAAGGCUGCGACAGGCGCAAUCCGGGGUGUGGAGCAGAGCGGCGCUGGGUCAGGCCUGACUGUCGAGCAAGAAAAGCGUCCUAAUUCUCUGAGUCUGACAAUGACCCUGCUCCAUCGUUCCUUUGUCAAGAGCUACCGCGAUGUGGUGGCAUAUGGUAUUCGAAUCGCCAUGUACACGGGCCUAGCGAUUCUCCUGGGAACCGUCUGGGUGCGGCUGUCGACAAACCAAGAGUCCAUCAUCCCCUUCACAAACGCCAUCUUCUAUGGCUCGGCCUUCAUGUCCUUCAUGGCCGUCGCCUACGUGCCCUCCUUCAUCGAGGACCGCCAGCAGUACGUCAAGGAGCACCACAACGGCCUCUACGGCGCCGCCGAGCUGGUCAUCUCCAACUUCCUGAUCGGGCUGCCCUAUCUGUUCUUCAUCGCCGUGCUCUUCUCCGCCAUCUCGUACUGGCUGUCCAACUUUCAGCCCACGGCGACGGCCUUCUUCACCUGGGUCAUGUGGGUGUUCUUUGACCUGCUGGCCGCCGAGGGUCUCGUCGUGUUCAUGACGGCGCUGUUCCCGAGCUUUGUCAUCUCGUUGGCGCUUGUGGCAUUUGCCAAUGGGCUGUGGAUGUCUGUCAACGGGUUUAUGGUGCAACCGACGAUUCUCAAUGUCUUUUACAAAUACGUGUUUCACUACUGGGACUACCAGAAGUAUGUGUUCGAGGGCAUGAUGAUCAACGAGUUCAGCGGCCGGACGUACAGCUGCGGGGAGUCGUGCCAGUGCAUGUACCAGUCCGAGCUGGCGGACCAGUGCAUGAUUGCCGGCCAGGGAGUCCUCGACCAGUAUGGCUACAAGACAGGCUCCUUUGGCAAGAACGUCGGCAUCAUGAUUGCCAUUAUCGCGGGUUACAGAAUAGCAGGAUGGAUCGUCUUGAUGCUUAGAAAGUAG